AUGCAUCCAGAUAAAAAAGAAAAUGUUCAAAGUACAAGUCAAGCAUUUUUAGUUCUUAUAUUUGUUUUUAUUACUUCAGUUUUUAGUCUUUUAAUGGUGUAUUACAGAUUUCCAGAAUUGGAAAGUGAUGAGAUUCAAUAUAUGAAAUUACCACAGAAUAUUGAUGAUGCUAAGAAUUUAGGAAAGGUUUUGUCACAUUACAAGGAUCGCUAUUUUUUUACAGUUCUAGGAGGAUAUUUUGUGAUGUAUAUUUUUUUACAGUCAUUUGCAAUUCCAGGAUCAAUUUUUCUCAGUAUUCUCUCAGGAUUCCUUUUUCCAUUUCCUCUUGCUAUUUUUAUGGUCUGUUUGGUAAGUUUUUUUCAGGUAAAUAAACAUCGAUCUCAUCUUCUAAAUUAUAUUAUCUUUCUUCGUAUAACACCAUUUCUUCCUAAUUGGUUUAUCAACAUUACUUCACCUGUCAUAGACGUACCAUUAUUUCAUUUUUUUGUUGGAACUUUUAUAGGCGUAGCUCCUCCAUCUUUUCUUGCCAUCAAAGCCGGGACGACGCUACACCAGUUGACGUCAUCUACGGAUGCCAUUUCCUGGUUUUCUAUAGCAGUAUUAGGAAUUUUUGCACUUGUCUCUUUAUUACCAGUUAUGUUUAAUAAGAAGUUACAAUCUAAAUUGGAAUGAUGUAAUAUCUUAAUUAUGUUGUUAUUGAUGAGGAUAUAAAUUACAGAUAAGUAAAAAUAAUUUUCUGAUAAUAUAUGAAAGUUUUGAUAUAAGAAAGAACUAUUUUGUUAGAUGUUUCUUAGGAAAAAAACUCUGAUAUUAAAUUCAAUUAUAAAUUCUCUGUUCUAAAUACCUAUGUCUAGAUGUACGGCAGAACUCGGGUUUAGCAGAUAUUCUUGGACUGGAGACUUCAUCUGCUUAAAAAUUUGGCAUUGCAUUUCCCAGCUGGGGUUAUGCAGAAAUAAAUCUGUAAUGACUGCCAAAUGUGAUUCUGAAUUAGUAUUUAUAUCUAGGUGAUACAAAUUUUUCAUGCCUGUCUUUAAAAGCCAUUGACUUUAACCUUUUUAUACAUUUCUGAAGACUUGUGUUGUUGUUUUAAUUUAAUUCUGUUGUAAAGUUGUAAUUGAUAAAGUUAAUGUCAUAAUACUGAUGUAUAUAAAAUCACUUUAAUCUGAAUCAGUUGAUUUUAUAUACAUCAGUAUUAUACAGCAACCAUAAUAUGUAGUAAUGCCAUAAUAGUUAAAAAUUGACAACAACGGAGCAAUUAUUCACAGUAAUGAUUUAAAAAUUAUGGAAAAUGAGAAAUUUCAAUAAAAGUAAAUGAAAUUUCUCAUUUUCACAAAAGGAAUACAUGCUCUGGAAAAGGUUGGGAACUGCAGUUUUAAAUAAUAUUGCUAUAUGUUUUUAUUUUGUGAAAGAAUAUGUGAUAAGAAUGAUAUCAAAGAAUCACCAAAGUUAAAGAUCUGUUUUAUGCCAAUUAAUUAAUACAAUUUUAGCACUAGACAUAUUAAGUGCCAUUUUGUAUCAAAAGAAACAAAUAAGUAACUCAAAGAAUCUAAAGGAAAAGAUCUGGCCCGGCAUAGGAUCAAAAACUGCAACUGCUGCUGCUAAUUUUGACAUUUAGGCUUCUUGAGCAGAUAACAAUACCAAAAUAGAAAAUUAGGCUUGUUUGAUUCAUUCAGAGUUUCCCAAAUGCCUCUCUUCUGCUAUGCAAGGAAGAAAUGAGAUAUAUAUAUAAAAAACGUAGUUGUUUAUAUAUAUAUAUAUAUAUAUAAUGUAGUGUGUAUAUAU